AUGCAGACUGCAUUUGAGCAACUAAUUAAAAUUGGUCAAAAGGCACGGGAUUGUACUGGUUCUGCGCAGAAUCACAUGAUGCUCAGCUACCCUUAUGUGUUUACCAUUUUUAUUGGUCCUAUCGGUUGA